CAUUUUCUCCAAUUACAAUCUUCCAAAUUUAUUAGUAAAGUACUAGACUCCAAAACUUGAAUAAAUACAAACUAUAAAGCACUAUAUAUAAAAUGUAAGUCACUCAUUCAAACCCUACAUGCCUUUCUCAAACUAAAGAACACAACAAAAAAAGCAAAACAAAAAGUUUACAAGAAUGAGCUUCCAACGUUUCUACCGAACAUGGUUUGAGCAAUUAAAAGAUGUGGUACAUCAACUUGACCAACAACAUGAAUUAUACCAACAGCUUGUCCAAAAAGUCAUGUCACAUUAUCAUGAAUUCUACAGAGUAAAAUCUUUAGCUGCAAAAAAUGAUAUUCUCACAAUUUUUGCUGCACCAUGGGCUACCUCUCUAGAAAGAUCACUUCAUUGGAUUGCUGGAUGGAGACCAACAACUGCUUACCACCUUAUUUAUACUGAAUCAAGCAUUUUGUUUGAGUCUCAUAUUAUUGAGAUUCUCCUAGGCCUCCGUUACAGAGACCUCGGAGAUCUGUCACCUGGUCAACUAGCUAGAGUUAGUGAACUUCAGUGUGAAGCUGUUCAGGAAGAAAAUGCUAUUACUGAUGAAUUGUCUAAUUGGCAGGGUGGUGCAAGUGAGAUAAUUAGGUUAAUGGGAGACAAUAUGGAUGCAAAGAUGGAAAAGCUAGUAGAGAUUCUAGACAAGGCAGAUAAACUAAGGAUGAAGACACUAGAGAAUUUGGUAGAACUAUUGACUGCACAACAAGCUGUGGAAUUUCUAACAGCUUUAGCACAUUUGCAGUUUGGUAUACGUAGAUGGGGAAUCAAUCAUGAUCUUCAAAGAGAAAAUUCCUAAAUAUUUUUCUCAUCUCGAUUCAUCAUGCAAGUGACUUUUUUGGGUUACCAGAUUGUGAGAAAUUGGUUGGGCUCUCUCUUGGAUUUUUGAGUUGGUAACAAAAAGAAAAAAAAAUUGGAUUGUGAUUUGGUGUUUUUGGAAUUUUGUGUUACAAGUGGACUGAGUGAGUAUGACAGGUGUUAAGGUAAUAGGCAAUUGGUGACAUGCAGAGAAACACUUGUUAGUGAAGAAGGUUGCCACAACAUGAAGACAUGUCAUGCUGAAGAGGGAUAACAAGGUGAGUAAUUGU